CUUUUCUCUAUUUAAAUUCCAACUUAUCUCUGCUGGUCUGGCCCCCCACGUCUGGGCCCGGUCUGCUUAUACCACCUACCUGUAUCUGUACAUACAUAUGCGUGUCUGCUGCGAUCAUCCUUGGCCCCGUUUGCAAGUCGUCAGCCCAGCCGUCACUCCACCGCACACGCCGAACUCGACCCAGCGCUUUGUGCCCCUAGCAUUCGUGCUAAGUCAGAUGUAUCGACGACCCUGAGCGCCAGAUCUUUUACUUGCCACACGCGCUAUGGAAGCGGGUGACGUUGGAACCCGACAGAGCACCGGUCUUUCUUCUACUCCUACGCGACUUGAACAUCAACUUGCAACAUCUCCCCAUUCUCACCAACAACACCGAGAAGCCGUCGACCGACGGUAUCUGGACCAGCCUACCAUGGCAGCAGCCUCAGUUCUCGCCCCUAACGCCCACUACCCACCUCAGCCAUAUCCUUCCAACUACUCCCAUCCACCCUCAUCUGGGCCAAGCGUCGCCAACAUGAUCUCCUCGGAGCCUCGACGACCCUCUCCCGACAAUGAGUCUUCGACUCGCCAGUCACUACCAUCGAUUUCAGAAGUCAUUUCUGGCGCACGGCCUGGACAGUACCCUCCGCCUGCGCAUCCUCUGCAGCCUGGCUCAAGCCUGCCCUCACCAUUUGCUCCGUCUGCUCGACAGUACCCCGAAGCCGACAAGCACUCAUCUCAGCCUCUGCACUCUGUUGCCUUCCCUCCUCGACAGGAAAGCCACAAUGCAUACUCAGAUUCACCGAGGCCGCCCUUUAGCACUGGCAGACCCGGUCUCCCUCCCGUUUCUGAUCGCCGGCCUACUCCCCCGACGAAGCAUGAAGGUCACCCCCUUCCUCACCACCUAGCUGAACCGCCAAAGCCAUCUGAUCACCGCUCACUGAAUGGAGUCUACUCCCAACCACCGCCGCCGCCGACUUCCGUCCCGUAUCAGCCGGCACAGCUUCCACCUGGGCAACAGCCGCUCCCUCCUUAUCAGGUAUCACCUCGAGGUCAUGCGGCUUCGCAUCUGCCCGGGCAAUACGAUUCUCGGCCGGCGCCUACACAUGCUGAAGAGGCCGAGUAUGCUGCCAGGGCUCGAUACGAUAACGGGACCUCGCGAUCGUUUGAGAGCUGGAGCUACCAGGAAGCUUUGAGCCGAAUUGGAACCUGCUCGCGAACCAUUUUCAACUUCGCAGAGGCCUACGGCCGAAUUGCCCAAGAGCAGCACGGAUCUCAACCAAUCCCCGAGCGUCUUCCGACUGAGCGAGAAGUGAGCGACAUGCUCUCCAACGUCGAGUACCUCAAGCGUUCUCUCGAGCAAUGCAGAGAGGUAAUUGUAGCCUCACUACAGAGCGAGAGAGCUCGCGAAGGUGCCAAACCACCAAAAGGCCCUUACGAGGAAGACCAAGACGUCCCCAUGUAUGGAGACUCCAUUAAGCCACCAUAUGGCAUGACAGAAGUCAAAAAGCGACGAGGCCGCGCUGCCCCUCCUGGACGAUGUCAUAGCUGCAAUCGCAUCGACACUCCAGAAUGGAGACGGGGUCCUGAUGGUGCCAGGACUUUAUGCAAUGCCUGUGGUCUCCAUUACGCCAAGCUUGAGCGCAAACGCCAGCUAGAAGCAAGAUCACUACGUCCUAAGCCUGAGGAGAGAAGCUAGAGCGUGGCCAACCCGAGCCUCACCACCCUACUUUACACUUUUCAAACUCCCUAGUUCUUUGCAUGAUGUUUAUUGAUUUUUCUGGGCACGGAGCUUAACGGGGGCGGAGCAUAUUGAUGACGCAAAGAAAUAUUCAACAUUUCUUCUUCACUGAAAGGAAGAAAAAAAAAAAAAA